AUGGGUUCCACGGCGAGCUUCGCAAAGACCAUUCUCAUACCCGCCGCGAUCUCCCUGGCGCUUUACUUGCUGCUGUCCUUCGUGGUCGCUCCAUUCUUCCGGCAUUAUCACCAACGAUACUCGCAGUACCUCCCUUUGCACAGAAUCUCUGCGCAUACCCAUUCUCUCCGUGAUCGCAUAGCCGAUGGCGUUCUGCGGAUCAUAUAUCGACGCCGCGGCCAUCCGGACGACCAACAGGAUAACAUCAGCAUCUUUGAUGAGGAAGGGGAGAUCAUGGUUGGGAUGGACAUGGACCCUGCGCGAAGGGAGGCGUUAGAACGACGUCGCAGUACGGUGGCCGAGGCUGAGAGCCGCCUGAGUCGAGAUCUCGAGCAGGGCUUCAUGGAUGACAGCGACGAGGAGCCUGGGAGUCGAGAGAGCUCGAGAUUGCGACGGUAA